GUCAGUGAUUAACCAUGAGUGGGCGGGGCAAAGGUGGAAAAGGACUCGGUAAGGGAGGCGCCAAGCGUCACCGUAAAGUUCUCCGUGAUAACAUCCAGGGCAUCACCAAGCCCGCGAUCCGCCGUCUGGCUCGCCGAGGUGGAGUCAAGCGUAUCUCGGGUCUGAUCUACGAGGAGACUCGCGGCGUGCUCAAGGUUUUCCUGGAGAACGUGAUCCGUGACGCCGUGACCUACACCGAACACGCCAAGAGGAAGACGGUGACCGCCAUGGACGUGGUCUACGCCCUGAAGAGGCAGGGACGCACUCUGUACGGCUUCGGAAGCUAAACCCUAAACAACCACCAAAAACCAAAGGCUCUUUUAAGAGCCACACACUCCGCUAUGAGCUACUUCCUGGUUUGAACUACAGUAUAAGAAACGGUGUACAUCAUUUUGAGACAAGGUUACUCUUGAAGUGCAGCGGUGCUCAUUGUGUGUGUAUAUAUAGCAAUUUAAUUUAUAGCUUUGUGUCAUAACUGGCGUGAGUUUUAUUGACUGGUCUCAAAUUUAAAGUGUUUUCUGUACACAAUCUCUGCCUGACUUAAGUUACAGAAGCCUCAGUUUAUUACUGACCCAAAAGGGAAAAAUGUUGGUAUGAGAACAGAAAUGCUGAAAGAAGGGACCAGAAACAAAGUAACAAUACAAAAACUGGAUAAAGCCACAGGUUCCUACAACAAGCAUUGGCCACUAGUUGUACAACAUGAUAUAUCAGCAUACAUACAUUUGUCAUUUGGACGGAGACCCUUCUCUAUGUGAGGAGCUGCGAUGCCACAUUUACAAAGGAGGCAGCACAAACCAAGUAGGUAGAUAACUGGGUGAAUCUGUACAGUAGCUUUGUGUCUUAGAAUCAGCAAUACAUCAUACUAAUCCUCCUCCUCCUCUUUCUAAGUUAUUUCAGAGGUAAAAGACCAAAGGAAGAGGUGCCAGGUGCUAUUGUUUUCUAUGUAGGUCCUACAGAGCUGCAGGUUUU